GCCGGGGUGCUGGGAUGGGACGCGUGCGUGGGCCGCCGGGCCGAAGGUGAGACUCGGUUGGCGUCCGAUAGAUUGAGCGGGGGCUGAAGGACCUUAUUUCGACCACUACGACCACGAUGCACGCUGCCAAGGGAGAGAUCGGCUUUGUUUUUUGUGAGGCUCGGAAAUAGGGUGUUUGCACGAUGCUCGGUUGGACAGAGGGGAGGAAGAGCAGGCGGCCAAGAAUCUGUCGAGAAGGGUUGCCGUCCCUUUCCCCAGGCCUUCAAACACGCCGGGUUUCGCAUUGCAGUUUCUUGGUCGAAAUGCCAAGUCUGGCAGAUGAAGCGCCUCCCCAGGGCUGUCAGACUCCAGAGCGUUCUGCGCCGACCACGGGGCCUGUUUCGCAGCGCGACAUGACCACGGUGCUGGGUCGCAAUAUCGAUGAUCUUAACGGUUCCCAAACAUUAUGCAUGCUCGAUAUAGGGUGGGGCUCGGAGCAGAGGCUGGCAUCGACCAUCGGCACUGGCAGCAGCGCACCGGCUGAUGUACCCGAGAAACCGCCAGGGCGCGAUUCGAAACAGGCCUGCCAUCUAUGCUUAAUCUACAACGGAGGAAAAGGGUGCGGCGAGCUCCACAGCGCCAAGCGGCCCACGAUGGCGGAGGGGGCAGGGCUGGCUGGCAUAUAAGGAUGGCAGGACGACGGCCAGAGAGAAAUCAGCAAGCCUCUCUUUUCUUCGCCGCCCACCACCAUCCAUCCUCACCAACUUCCAU